GUAAGAUCAGUUCAUCAUCCCACUCUGGAGCGAGCACAAGUGUUUUUUGGAGCUGAAAAGAAAAAUCAAGGUUCUUUUUUGUGAUUCAGUGAAUGCGAUUUUUUUCGAUAAAUCAAAGAAAACAGAACGCAUCUUCGAUAAAAUUAAACAAAGUUUUUUUUCAAAUUUGUUUACAAAAACUAAGUUUUUUUUUUUUAAAGUUUGUUAUCUGAAACAAAAAAUCCACAAUGGCAUCAUACGUGAAUUAUCAUCCUGGAAAUUACACCAGUGACUAUUACUACAAUCAAUACAAUCCAAACAUUUACAAUGAAAAUAUCAACAGCAAUGCCAUCGAACAAACAUACAUCGAUGAUCAAUUGUCCGAUGGAUUGAAGAGUCCAAAAUCGGACUCAUCGCUUUAUAGCGAUAGUUACAGUCCGAAAUCGAGUUCAAAUUACUACAGCGAUUGUUACAAAACAGAAAUGAUUCCAUCGCCAGUGUCGAUGUCAUCAUCAGGAUCCACCGAUUUGAAAUUUUCACCAGUUCCAGAUUUUUAUUCAACGUUCGAAAUGCAAAAUCAAAUGGUCAACAUAAAACCAUCAAAUACCGUUAUACCAACUAAAACAUCAACCACCACAUCGUAUUCAGUUGCCACAAAAACAACGAAAAAAAUGAAAAACACCAUACCAAAAGUUACACCCGAUGUUAUGAAGAAACGACGAUUGGCAGCCAAUGCACGUGAACGCCGAAGAAUGAACAAUUUAAAUGAUGCAUACGAGAAACUACGUGAAGUACUGCCGAAUAUUGGAGCUGAUAAAAAAUUUUCGAAGCACGAAACAUUGCAAAUGGCAAAAAUGUACAUGAAUACACUUAAAGAUCUUCUAACAAAGUAAGGCAGAAUAUUUUUGUUAUCGGUGCACCAAAAUUAUCAAAAUAAUGUGUAAAAUAUUACAGAAAUA